AUGGCGGCGCGCGCCGAGGACGUGUUCCGGUCGCUGGGGCUGGCGCGCCUGCCGCCCGCCUUCUGGCGCCGCUCCCAGCUGCGCGCCGACGCUCCCGCCGCCUGCCACGGCACCGCCGCCAACAUGUUCCGCCCCGGCGACUACAGUACUUGUAUUGCAACGUUCAUCUCCGAUACAUUUUGGGACGGAGCCAACUCGGCCUUCCAGGAGGCCGUGGGGGACGCCGUGACGUUGGGCGUGUGGACCCCGCAGCACCUGCUGCGCCUGGGGCUCGUCAACGACUCCGUCUCUCCGGAAGUGCUGGGCGCGCAGCUGCUGGUGCGGCAGGCGCUGCGCCAACUGCCGCAGCUGGCGUUCGCGCUGGCGCUGGAGGAGUGGCGCUGGGGCGUGUUCGCGGGGGAGGUGCCGCCCGACCGCUACAACGGCGCGUGGUGGGAGCUGCGCCGCAGCCUGCAGGGCGUGUGCCCGCCCGCGCGCCGCGACGAGGCCGACUUCGACCCGGCUGCCAAGUUCCACGUGCCGGACAACACGCCCUACAUACGGUACUUCCUGAGCGGGCUGCUGCAGGUGCAGAUGUUCAAGGCGCUGUGUGAGAUCGCCGUGCUGGGCGGCGUGGGCCGCGGGCCGCUGCCCUUCCCGCUGCACCAGUGCGACAUCUACGGCUCCCAGCGCGCCGGCCGCAAGCUCAGGGAGAUGAUGUCGCUGGGCGCCAGCCGCCACUGGACCGACGCCCUCUUCACGCUCACCGGCACCAGGGAGCUGUCGGCCGAGCCGCUGCUCGAGUACUUCGCGCCGCUGGUGCCCUGGCUGCGGGCCCAGCUGCGCCUGCACAACGCCUCGCUCGGCUGGGGGGACUGCCCCCACGACUACUAACGAGACAGCGAAGCCGCACCGGUGAUCUGUCAAAAAUUUCGCGAGCGUUCAGCAUCUUGAAAUUUCGAGCGCGUUCAGCAUCUUAAAAUUUCACGAGCGUUCAGCAUCUUAAAAUUUCGCGAGCGUUCAGCAUCUUAAAAUUUCGCGAGCGUUCAGCUCAAUUCUGAGCGCUCGCUUUUU